AUGACUUCACCCAGUGAUGAUACAUUAGUUCAAUUUCCAAAAAAUACAUUGUACAAAGAUAUUGCUUCUCAUCAAUGGCCAAUAAUUUAUUGUAAAAAUUAUAAUAUUGGUUUUCUUCGUUUGGAAAAACUUCAUCCAUUUGAUUCAUCAAAAUGGGGAUCGAUCAUAAAUUAUCUUCGAGAUGCAAAUAUGAUUACAAAUGAUACAAUAAUACGACCGAACGAAGCAACGGAAGAACAUCUUCGUCUUGUUCAUACACAACGUUAUUUAUCAAGUCUUAAAUGGAGUUUACAAGUCGCACGUGUUCUUGAAGUAGCACCAAUAGCAAUGUUACCUAAUUUUAUUGUUCAAUGGCGUGUUCUAAAACCAUUACGAUAUCAAACAGGUGGAACUAUACUCGCAGGAAAAUUAGCAUUAGAACGUGGUUGGGCAAUAAAUAUAGGUGGUGGUUUUCAUCAUUGUUCAUCGGAUAGUGGUGGUGGUUUUUGUGCUUAUGCUGAUCUGACAUUACUCAUCAAGAAUCUCUUUAUUUAUUAUUCUGAUCGAAUAAAAAAAGUUCUCAUUGUUGAUUUAGAUGCACAUCAAGGUAAUGGACAUGAACAUGAUUUUAUGAAUGAUGAAAGAGUAUUUAUUAUGGAUAUGUACAAUCGUCAAAUAUAUCCUCGUGAUCAACAUGCUAAAACUGCAAUUAAAUGUAAAAUUGAAUUAAUGAAUCAUACUGACGAUAAAACAUAUCUUCGUUUAUUACAUAUAAAUCUUGAAAAAUCAUUGAAAGCAUUUCAACCAGAUAUUGUUGUUUAUAAUGCUGGAACAGAUAUACUUGAAGGUGAUCUACUUGGAAAUCUUGAUAUUACACCUGAAGGUGUCAUUAUUCGUGAUGAAAUUGUUUUUUCUAAGUGUAUACGAGAAAGAAAUAUUCCAAUUGUUAUGUGUACAUCUGGUGGAUAUCAAAGAACAAAUGCAAGAGUUAUAGCUGAUUCAAUUUUAAAUUUAAAUAGAAAAAAAUUAAUCUCAUGUGAAUAG